AUGCCUCUACUUCCCAACGAGAUCUUAGAUCAGAUCUGGCUCGAGCGGUGCAAGCUUGGCUUCGAGCCUCGCAUCCUCCAACCGAAAUGGGUCAACGAGGGCCGCUUUCACGUCCCUGCGUUCUACGCCGCUCAACCACAAGCUUUCAUGGCCCAGCUCUGCCACGGCGCGCGGGCGGUCGCGGCGAAGGGGUUCUACUCACGCAUUUCUGAUAACCCUGUGACCGGCCUCGGAGGAUUCUGGUGGCACGAGAAGGAUGUCCUCUACGUCGACCAGGACUUCUACCGUGAGCUCCGCACACCUUGCAAGGCCAUAUUCAUGGGCCGAGACUACAUCACGCGGGUCGCAGUCGACAUCCAAAUCGACGCUGGCGCUACCGCCAUCACGGAGUUGCUGCUUGAUUGGUUCCCCAGGCUCUCGCAGGUCUUUUACCUGUGCUCCGCGCGACUGGCCCCAGCUUCACAGCCUUGGAGCUUUGCCUCACUGGUCUCAGCUUCGAGCUCCAGACGUUGGACGUACCCCGAGCCUCCUCGAUCUCUUCGACAGCCUGACCCAGCAGGACUCGGGGCCAAGUUGCGUGCAUCAGUGCCCCGCAAAGAGAGGCGCUAUUUAACGGGCAGCUUCCAUGGCUACGAGAAAAUCCCUUUCUUCGUCUUCGAGCGUGACGAUAGACCCCAAGUCAUCAGUACCGGAGGCUCGCUGAACGGGGACGAGGAAAAUCCCAAAAAAUCGAUGACUCUCGAGGAAGUCGAAGAUUCCGUUGCCCGUCGGAGCAGGCGGUUUAUGCGCUACAUAAUCCGGAAAAGCAAAAACCGACGGGAGUUCGCGUUACCGAGCUGA